CGUAGGUUAUCUAUGCCAUUCUUCCUUCAGAUUCCUGUCGCUCCAACGAAGCUCUGCAAAUAAAUGGAGGCCACCAUGCCGCAGUAGGCUUCGUUUGCCCCAAGCUCUUCUGCAUUCAAGUGCAAAGAAGCCACAAAAUCGUUGAUUUGCUCGUCUCCUUAUAGAGUGGAUAGCUUACAUAGAGACAUCGUUUGACAUGCAUACAUGAAGAUGCUUCUAAGGAACAGAGGUGCAAGACAAAUCUAUUGUCUUGAUUUGAAGUACAGUUACCAUCUUAAAUUUUUUCAAACAAAUGGAAAUGGAGGACCUGUUUUGGAUAGCGGUAAUAUGGUGUCUCCAGCAAAGAAUGAAGACAAGAGACAGCUAGUAGAUGGCGUGUGCCAAAUUUUGGAGACUGGUCCUUGGGGAUCUUCUCUUGAGAAUGCUCUAGCARAGCUUGACAUAAAACCAAAUCCAGAAUUGGUAAUUGGAGUCUUAAGGAGGCUGAAGGACGUAAAUGUUGCAGUAAAUUACUUUCGAUGGACGGAGAGAGUAACAGAUCAAGCACAUUGCCCCGAAGCAUAUAAUUCACUUCUYAUGGUUAUGGCUAGAARUAGAAASUUUAAUUGCUUGGAACARAUAGUGGAAGAAAUGAGURUUGCAGGUUUUGGCCCAUCAAAUAACACUUGUAUUGAGAUAGUCCUAACCCUUGUCAAGUCACAGAAGCUCAGAGAAGCUUUUACAUUUAUACAAACUAUGAGAAAGUUCAAAUUCCGCCCGGCUUUUUCUGCAUAUACAACUCUGAUUGGUGCACUAUCCGCAUCUCAUGAUUCCGACAGUAUGCUCACUCUAUUUCAUCAAAUGCAGGAGCUUGGCUAUGAAGUUAAUGUUCAUUUAUUCACAACUCUCAUUCGUGUAUUUGCUAUAGAGGGUCGGGUCAAUGCUGCACUUUCUCUUUUGGAUGAAAUGAAGAGCAACUCUAUUGAAGCGGAUGUUGUUCUUUAUAAUGUCUGUAUAGACUGCUUUGGGAAGGCUGGGAAGGUGGAUAUGGCAUGGAAAUUUUUUCAUGAAAUUAAAGCUAAUGGCUUGGUGCUUGAUGAUGUAACUUAUACAAGCAUGAUAGGAGUUCUUUGCAAAGCUAGCAGGCUGGACGAAGCUGUCGAGUUAUUUGAACAUAUGGAUCGAAACAAGCACGUGCCUUGUGCAUAUGCAUACAAUACAAUGAUCAUGGGCUAUGGUAUGGCUGGAAAGUUUGAUGAAGCAUACAGUCUACUUGAGAGGCAGAGAAGAAAAGGAUGCAUUCCAAGUGUUGUUGCAUAUAAUUGUAUUCUUACUUGUCUUGGGAGGAAGGGACGGCUAGAUGAGGCGUUAAAAAUUUUCGAAGAGAUGAAUAAAGAUGCCAUUCCGAAUCUCUCGACAUAUAAUAUUGUGAUUGAUAUGCUCUGUAAGGCUGGAAAACUCGAGACGGCAUUGGUUGUUCGGGACGCUAUGAAAGAUGCCGGGUUGUUCCCUAAUGUUAUGACAGUAAACAUAAUGGUUGACAGGCUGUGUAAAGCUCAAAGACUCGAUGAUGCUUAUAAAAUUUUUGGAUUGGAUCAUAAAACUUGCACACCUGAUGCAGUAACAUAUUGUUCUCUUAUAGAUGGGUUGGGGAAGCAUGGUAGAGUAGAUGAAGCCUACCAGCUUUAUGAAAAGAUGUUGGAUUCUGACCAGAUCCCAAAUGCUGUUUUGUAUACAUCUCUCAUAAGGAACUUCUUCAAGUGUGGAAGGAAGGAGGAUGGCCACAAGAUAUAUAACGAAAUGAUACAUCUCCGUUGUUCGCCCGAUCUUAUGCUUCUUAAUACCUAUAUGGAUUGUGUUUUUAAAGCCGGAGAAACUGAGAAGGGCAGGGCUUUGUUUCAGGAGAUCAAGGCCCAAGGAUUUAUUCCUGAUGCGAGGAGCUAUUYGAUCCUAAUUCAUGGCCUGGUGAAAGCGGGUUUUGCGCAUGAAUCUUAUGAGUUGUUCUACACAAUGAAGGAGCAAGGUUGUGUYCUGGAUACWCGUGCAUAUAACACUGUUAUCGAUGGAUUCUGCAAGUCUGGCAAGGUAAAUAAAGCUUACCAACUGCUAGAGGAGAUGAAGACAAAGGGUCACGAACCCACUGUUGUUACUUACGGUUCUGUUAUUGAUGGGCUAGCAAAGAUCGACCGGCUUGAUGAAGCAUAUAUGCUCUUUGAAGAAGCAAAGUCGAAAGGAGUAGAAUUAAAUGUUGUUAUAUAUAGCAGUCUUAUUGAUGGAUUCGGGAAGGUCGGUAGAAUCGAUGAGGCGUAUCUGAUCAUGGAAGAGUUGAUGCAGAAAGGUUUGACACCUAAUGUAUAUACAUGGAAUUGCUUGCUUGAUGCGUUGGUGAAAGCCGAGGAAAUUAGCGAAGCCCUCGUUUGCUUUCAGUCGAUGAAGGACUUGAAAUGUACUCCAAAUUAUAUAACUUAUAGCAUUCUAAUUCAUGGUCUUUGUAAGAUUAGAAAGUUCAACAAGGCGUUCGUGUUCUGGCAGGAGAUGCAUAAGCAUGGCUUAAAGCCGAACGUAUUCACCUACACCACCAUGAUCUCAGGACUUGCGAAGGUUGGAAACAUCGUGGAGGCGAAUGCUCUUUUCGAGAAGUUUAAGGCAAAGGGUGGCGUGCCUGAUUCUGCUACUUACAAUGCUAUAAUAGAAGGGUUGAGUAAUGCAAACAGGGCAAUGGAUGCUUAUAGACUUUUCGAGGAAACUCGAUCAAAAGGUUGUAGUAUCCACACGAAAACUUGUGUUGUCCUAUUAGAUUCGCUGCACAAGGCUGAAUGCCUCGAGCAAGCUGGGAUCGUCGGUGCUGUAUUAAGAGAAACUGCAAAAGCUCAGCAUGCUGCAAGAUCCUGGUUAUAGGACAUCAUAUUUAUGAGCAACUAGACGUCUAGCCAAGAAGUAGAUGAUGACAUAUCUCAGUCGUGUGAGGUUUCACUUCAGUCUUGAAAGUGGUUGGUCGGGUCUCGACAUCUAGCCAAUGGGUCUGGCAGAAAUGAACCAAUAUGGGAUUGUUCCAUUGCUCCAAAUGGGUGCAGAUUUGUUAAACGAUAGGCUCCUGAGGCAAGGGAAGCUGCUCGGAGCAUUGUGAUGGGAAUGUUCAAGGCAUACACAAAGAACGAGGACGAGAAACAGGAGGCCUGGCACAGCUUUUGCCGAGCUAAUCUGUCGCCGAUUCAUGCGCAGUCUCUGCUCAAAGUUACCUCCUCUCACUAGUGGUGAUGAUGAUGGGUAUGAAUUUUUAGAGGGAAUAGUGCUUUUGCUGGACUUGGCAGUUUAGCUUCCUGACACGAGGACGAGUCCUUUUUAGAGGAGGGAAAUUGAUGUAACUAACUCUACUUAAGUUAGUUUAGUUUAAGUUGUUUUGGUAGUUAGCUCUUUACUGUAGGUUAUUUCCUUUUACCCAUGGCUUUCCUCUAUAAAUAGGAGCCUUGUAAACCUUUUGGGAUAACUUCAUUCUCAAUAAAGAUUUGAUUCCUUUAAACCA